AUGUUCUUGAUUUUUUUGCUACAUGACAUGUUAUUUUUUCUUAUGAAUGUUGUUGGAGCAACAAUUUUCCAACAUGCUUCUCCCCAAAAGCUCCCGCCCUGCAACUUUGUAGAUGAGUGUAACGACUUUGUCCAUCAUUGAAUUGUGUGUUUGUUGAAACAAAAAGGAAUUGUCACAUGUGUACUUUGUCUGAUGGAUCCUUCUCCAAUAGUCACUCCAAAGGUCAAGUUGGCCCUUUAUCACAAAAAAGAAAGAGUGGAAAAAAAAAAAGGAGAGGAAAGAAGAAAAAAAGAUGCAUUUGCUAGCAGUAUAAUGCAGGUAGUAUGCCAGUGGUGAAACAAUGGGAAUGUAGGGGUGGUGUUGAAGUGUCGAUUGUAACACUGGUGAUAAUUGAUAAAAAGUUGCAGGGGGGCGUUGACUGUUUUUGAGUAUUGGCCCGUCUUUUUACCUUUUUAGUAAGUUUCCUGUUAAUGCCACCCUUUCGGAUUGUCUGUGAACUGUGAAGCUGCAAGAUGCUGAAUCCCAACAUGAUGCGAAUGCAAGCCGUGGUGUUGUCACGGAUAAAAAAAGGAAAAAAAUAAAAAUCAACAUGCGCAUCACAGUAGUAAGUGGGUAGUUGGUUUGUCCGUUAAUAGUUUGUGAUGGGCUCAUGAGUUGAAGAUGAUCAGAACGUGGCCCCACGUGCAACAGCAAAAGAGACUGUAGGAGAGAGGGCGUGGGUGUCCCGCGGUCCGCUGUUCAGUUGAGUGGGGCCCUCCAAUUCCUGGACUCUCGGAUGCAAUAACUGGCGAAGCAACACCCGCUCCCUAGUCCCUCCUCAUGCAAAGAGGGCAUAAAUCACAUAGUCGUAAAUAGAAGGCGCAUUUAAAUACACCCUAUUCCUCGUGCCCGCCAGCACGCCAUUCGUUACUGCGGUCAAAAUAAAAUCCCCCUUCUCUCCCACUCCCACUCCUCCAUCCUGCAUUUACCCCUUUCAUGUGGGACGUGUCCCCAUUAAUUUAAAUCUCCCCUCUCAAUUUCUCUCUCACAGACCCCCCUCCAACUCUCUAUAACUUCCCCUCUCUUCCUUUCCCUGGUUGUACGAGAGAGGUAAAAGCGUUACAGAGGGUACUUCCAAUCGGUUUGUCAUGUCAGACCAUUUCCAUCUUCCCAAUCUCCGCCUCUCCCAGUUAUAAAUUUGUAUGUGCUCUCCUAACAGUGUUUUGGAACUAAUAAUGGAGAGCCUCCUCUGUGAUGAAAUAUGGCUUACCAGUCCUGUAACUCCUGACCCACCCUGUCGUGCACCCAUGCAACCCAAUUUCGACAUUUACGCUUCUUCAUUCUAUACCACUAAACAAGAUCGCGAGCAGGCUCUCGCUAUUUGCAUGCGCCAGGAGCUCAGUUACAUGCCUGAACCUGAAUACGCCCACCGUCUCCGGUUCGAUGAUAUGGGAAUCUCUAGGUUCAGGGUUAUACAAUGGAUCAUCAAGUCUCGUAGUCGAUUGAAUCUCUCUCUUGAAACAGUUUUCAGUGCUGCAAAUUACCUUGAUCGAUUUAUUUCAAUGAAUCAAUGGCAUGGUUGGAAAUACUGGAUGGUUGAAUUACUGUCAGUUGCAUGCUUAUCUGUUGCUUCCAAGUUUACUGAAUCCUUCACUCCUUCCUUUGACGAAAUCCAGAUGGAGGACCUGGAACACUCAUUUGAAUCAAGCACAAUCCAGCGGAUGGAAUUGACACUACUCCAAGCACUAGGAUGGCGCCUUCGCUCAACAACACCUUACACCUUUGCAGAACUUUUGUUAUGGAGUAUAGACUCCCUGCAGCCUUACCUUCACCAGGAGUUAAUCACCCGAGUCACCGACCUGCUUCUCCAUUCUCUUUCUGAUUCUAAAUUCCUGGACUUCAGGCCAUCUGUUGUUGCUGUAUCUGCGAUAAGAUGCUGUUCAGAAGAAUUACUUUCCUCAAAAUCAGAUGCCAGUGUCAUGACUUAUCUUACUGAUUUCAUUCCUCCAGAACAAAAGGAUGAUCUAGCAAGGUGCCAAAAGAUCAUGGAAUUAAGAAUGACUGAUCCACUGUACAAGAUAAAAGUCUGCGGGAACUCCAAAUACUGCCCUUCAAGUCCAAUAACAGUGCUAACAAUGAAGGGGACGAACACAUGUGAUUGCCACGUCAAUCUCUCUGUGUCAAAGAUGCAGUCAGGUUCAAACAUCAAUUUCAGAUCAAAUUUAAGGAAGCGAAUGAGGGAAGGACAUUGAAGAUGACGUUAAGAAGCAUUUUAUCAUAUCUUAUUUUGUUGUUGUACCAAGGCUUAUGAAGGAAAACUAAUCAAAGUUUGCCUGUUAAGCCUGCAACGAAGUUGCUACUGGUCAGAUUGAUGUGUGAUUCCACAUCUAUAUGGUUUGGUUCUUCAAAAAUAAAAAAAUAGAAUAAAUUCCAGAACAGAAAGUUA